CCCCCGAGCUCGCCGACAGGGCGAACAAGCUAGCAGGCAAGGCCGGCUUCCUUCUGCGCCCGACCAGAUGGGGAGGACGCCUGGGGCCGCGGGCUGCUGAGGCAGCCUGCACGACUGCCGCCGACGCCACCUUCCCAGAGGGCGUCGGUGCCUCUCGGGACAGUCCGCGGCGCCCCUUGUUCGCCAUUGCUCCCCUGUGUGGCGGACGCCAGAGCCCACGACCACACGGAGACCUGCGGUCCUCUGGCCGUGUUUUCCAGCGUUCGCCCCUCUCCACGCACUGUGGCAAGGUUCCCCACACCACACGGACAGGUGCCGAUCUUCAUUCACCCGACUAGUUCUUACCGGGAGCGGGCCCAUAGCCGCCUCCGGCCGAGGCCUGUGAACCUGGGCUGCCGGAGCAUAGCCUAGACAACCCAGGGCUUCCCGGUGACUGGCUGACCGACCUUCACGUAUGUGUACAAAAUGCAAAACAUGAACGACAAUAUAUAUAACCAACGUUCAAAGCUGAUUUGGCUAGAACUAGAAUACCUUUCCUUACAACAUAUUCCAGAAGAAUUAGAAAAGUCAAAGUAAUGGAUAACAAAAAACGACCUCCAUUCUUCAAUGAAGAUGAUGUGGGGCCAUUGUACUACAAAUUCCCUUUCUCUGAUGCCAUGGAGCUCUUCAUUGAAACCCUGACUGGAACUUGUUUUGAGCUGAGAGUUUCACCUUUUGAAGCUGUCAUUUCCGUGAAAGCAAAAAUCCAAAGAUUGGAAGGUAUUCCCAUUUGUCAGCAGCACUUAAUUUGGAAUAACAUGGAACUUGAAGAUGAUUGUUGCUUGAAUGAUUACAACAUUUCUGAAGGUUGUACGUUGAAGCUGGUAUUGGCUAUGCGUGGUGGACCUAUAAAUACUAGAAGAGUUCCAAUGGAAGAUCCACUUAGGGAGAUGGCUGAGUACAUGGAUUCCAGUCGUGAUGACAUCUGGGAAAAGCCGUCCUGCAAUAAACAAGUUACAUUUUUGGUCUACCGAGAAGGAGAUCAGUUGAAUUUCUUUCGUGUAGUAGAUAGGGGAGAUGGCACUUUAACACCACUAUCUGAAUCUUUAAGCUUUGGUUCUGUGUAUAAUUUGUAUGCAGAUGAGGAUGAAGAAAUAGAGCCCUCUCCUUCUGGGCAACAAAUAAUUGAAAACUCAAUAACUAUGAAUAAGAUGAAAACACUGAAGGCUAAGCUGGAGACCAUGAAUAUCAGCAAAAAGCCCAAGAAAGCUGUCAAUUUAAAACCUCAUCCACCUAUAGCUCCUCGACCUUCUAGUGGUUCCACGGCAGCAGCUCGUCAUAGAUUGUUGAGGGUUCUCCCUCACAUUGGGCAAUCUUGCUUGCCUUCUCCUGGAAAUGCUUAUGUACCUGAAACUUCCAAGAAUGUACUUUCAAAUUUGGCAACCUUGACUCCUGCUGCUGAUAGACCCAUAUCAUCUCUAACUAAUGAUUUUCUUAAGGAAGAUAGUAAGUGGGAGAGUAACAUGCUGUGUCAUGCCACGAGUAGCAUCAAACCACCAUCUCAGAUAUCUCAUGUUGAGUUAAAAAAUGACAAAGAGCAUACUGAUUCUAUUCUCUGUCUUGGGCCAUAUCAGCCUAGGUGUACAGAAAACUUUUCAGGAAGUUUGCCAUCUAAUACUAAGGAUAACACUACCUUGUUUCCAAGUACAGAACAAUGUGUUACUAAUGAUUCCUUACCUAAAGUGGGUUCAUUUGCUUCCUUAAAAGAAGGAUACACUGAAGAACAAAGCAGUGGCUUAGAAGACACACAGAAAGUACAUCCAGAGUUCUUACUUACUAAUAGUGAUAACGGGCUGGAAGCUAAAGAAGAGCACCUUAAAAAUGUUGCAAGAGUGGUGAGUGAUGAAUCAUUAGAAACUACAGUUCUUAAGCACCAUGAAUUAAGUCCUCAUAAGAAUAGACUCUUAUCACCUAUUCAUUGUUCUGCACCAGUGUCACUGUUGAAACCACAGAGAAAAUCAAAAUGUUUUGAAUCUGCGAAACUCCAAUCUUCUGCUUCACAAAACGUGCUCCAAUCAUUGGAUUUCCGAAAUAUAACUGAUUCCUCAUUCUCUAGGACUACUCGCUUUCGAGGUGUUAAAGUUGAUUCACCUGGAAAAAGAGCUGAUAUUAUUUCUAAAGUCGAGGCUCGAGAUAUCACAGAAAUGGCUAACAAAGCUUCCAAAGAGCCUGUUGGGUGUGUAAAUAAUAUAGGUUUUCUUGCUUCCCUGGCCCGGAGUGCAAGCAGAGAUGGUUUACAAAACACAUAUGGGGCAGGCAGGUUUUGGGCUUCUGGAACUGGGCUAUCUACAAACCACCAGCCUUUUCAGGAAGAAAGCCUUGGGAAAAGCUCUCCCCAGGUAGAGCCAACAGACUUUUUUCUAUCCGCUCGUGGUAUUGGAAUAAGUGGAAAUAAUGCAGCAGCAGGAAAAAGAUUAGGGGAUUGUAAUCAUCGCCUUCCACCUGUGAAAGCACCUAUUCAAACUAAGAAGAAACCAGGAAAGCAUUGUUUUCUUUGUGGAAAGAAAACAGGACUGGCUACUAGCUACGAAUGCAGAUGUGGAAACAACUUCUGUGCAUCGCAUCGCUAUGCAGAAACUCACAGCUGCACCUAUGAUUACAAGAGUGCAGGGAGGAGAUACUUGCAGGAGGCAAAUCCUGUUGUUAAUGCACCAAAACUUCCAAAAAUCUAAUUCUUGCUCUGCGAGUAACUGUUCUACCCGGGGAAUCGUAUUAUAAUGACAGAAGACAUAUUGUUCAGACUGCAUUAUUUUUCAUCGACUUUAAAAGAUUUGUCAAAUAACAAAGACAUAUGGUGCAUACUGUUGGAGAAUACAAGUACUACUGUGAUUGACAUCUUUAUUCUUUACUGACUUGAAAAUCUUAAAAAUAGUUAACAAUUUUUUACACUAUAAUGAUGUUAACUUUGUCAUUGCACAUCUUGUGUUAAGUGUUUUAUAUUUGAUCCUGCAAUUUCAAUAAGCAAGUCUUCAAAAAUGCACUUUAUUAUAUUAAUAUUGACUGAGUGACCAGGCGUCCACAUGUCCAACACAGAAAUGAGCAGUCAUAUAAUGGUUUUACUCAAAUCUACAUUGUGGUUUUGAUUGGUUUUUCAAUCUUUUUUUGGAGGUAUGGGGAUUUGGGAAGGUGGAGAUGUUUUUUUUCAGUCCCACAUGUGACUGUUUACUGAGUUGACAAGGAAGUUCUUUUUAAAUUUCAAGCUACUGUUUAAAAGAAGAACAUCUGGUUUUCCAGUGUUAUUUUUAGACCACAUCUAUUUCUUCCAUAUUCAGAUUGGCAUUCAGAGAGAUAUGUGUGUUCAUUCUAUGAAACAUAUCAUGUUAAUUAUAGUAUAUAUUUCUCACAAUACUACUUUUGGAAUGGUAAUUUAAAAAUAGAAGAUAUUCUAGUUAUUGUUAUUAAAUACAGAAGCCAACUUUUCACUUAAAAAAAUGGCUACAUUUAAAACUAAGUCUCACUGCUUGGUUUGUUUUUCAUAAGAAAAUGUUGAGUGCUAUUAUUACCAGGAGAAAUUCAAAUAAAUAUUCAAUUUCA